AUGUCUAUGUUGCUGGAUGGCCAUGCAGGUGCUGUUAACUGCGCCCGAUUCUCCCCCGACGGGCAGCGGAUCGUUUCUGGAGCCGAUGAUACAACUCUCAAGCUGUGGGAUAUGAACGCAGAGACAGAACAUACGACGCUAAAAGGUCAUCGUGGAAGAGUCAUGGCUGUUACAUUCUCCCCCAAUGCUCUUCUUAUCGCCUCGGGUUCCGAAGAUAUGACAGUUAUGCUCUGGAACGCAACCACCGGAUCUUUACUGGGUACGCUCAGAGGCCACACAAGCGGCAUCAAUGCUGUUGCGUUCUCUCCCGAUAGCCGACUUCUAGCAUCAGGUUCUUUCAAUGACGAGGUGCGACUUUGGGAUGCCAGAACCGGAGAGUCACUUGGGGAGUUCGAUGAAUUCAGGCAUUCUGACAGUGUCCGCCUGGUCCGAUUCUCCCCUGAUGGCAGGCUCCUUGCUUCAUGCUCUACAGACAAAACAGCUAUUGUUUGGAACGUAGAAACAGGAAGCAUGACCAUCAGGCUCUCUGGCCAUGCAGACACAGUGAAUGAUGUCCAAUUUUCUCCGGGGAACAUUCACAUUGUAGCUUCGUGCUCAGCGGAUGCGACUGUCAAACUAUGGGACAUUUCUACUGGGACGGUGUCCCAAACGCUCGAAGGCCACACGGAAACAGUAAAUUCCGUCGCGUUCUCGUCGGACGGCAAUCUUCUGGUGUCUUCGUCAGCGGAUACGACUGUCAGGCUUUGGAAUGCAGCUGGAACUUCCCACGGUGUGCUUGAAGGCCAUACACUUCCCGUCAACUCCGCAGCGUUCUCUUCAGACGACGCGCUUGUAGUUUCUUGCUCAGAUGAUCUGACUGUUAGGAUCUGGGACCUGAAAAGCACAUUGAUACUACGGAUAUUCAGACUCAAGGUUGCGGUUUGUGCCGUGAACUUUUCUGCUUGCCGCCGGUACAUUGAGACUGACAGAGGGGUACUGGCUGCCAGUACGGCUUUUCCCGGUUCUUCUUUGUCCUUGAAAGAUUAUGUAUCCACAAUUUUUGUGUCGAAAGAUUGGGUUAGAAAGGACGGAGAGAAUGCUUUUUGGCUUCCGGAUGAGUAUCACGCUACUUGCGUAGCCAUCCUGGAAGAUACGAUUGUCAUGGGACACUCAACCGGAAGCAUCGCAUUUAUUCGUUUCUCUAAAUGA